AUGGCAUCUUUCACGGUAGAGGCAUGCUGGAACCACUGGAAGGCUUUGCUACGAAUAUUGGGUUAUGUCGGCAGGACUAUUCACCACGGUAUCACAUAUGGCGGAAAUAAUGAGCACGCUCAAGGAGUCGAAGGCAGCGAUAUCGACUAUUAUUCCAUUGACCACAACAUCGAAGGGCACGUCGGCUCUGCAGGCCUACAAGAUGGGGAAGCGUUCUCUGACACCGACUACGCUACUGAUCCAAGGGACCGGAAGAGUAUCCUGGGGUUCAUCUUUAUGGUCUACGGAGGCGCCGUCAUGACGUAUAGCAAGAAGAUGAAAUCAGUGGCAAGAUCUACGACAGAAGCAGAGAAAAAGAAGAAGAGGAAGCUGCUAGAUUAG